CAGCGUUUCCCAGCCCCGGGACGCGGGACGGGACCAAAUCCCGCUUGCUUGUCGCUCAUUGAGGCGCAGCAGCUUGCGACCCCCUACCUGAGCUACCUGAGCUACCUUAAUUUUACGCAUACCGACGGAUACCCAGUGCCGCUUGGCGGGGGUCGGUGGUAG